UGGCUCAGUGUUUUUUUCGUAUUCGAGCUGUGCGUGUGAACUGUGAUAUUGCGAUAUUGGGCUAUCGCAAUUGGAAACUGGACUUUUGGUUGAACUUAUUAUAAACGAAAGUGCGCUCGUUGAAUCAUAAAACAACAUUUGAGCAGGCGAGUUACAAUUGUAUUACCGGUUUUUUUUUUGAAGCCAAUCGAGUUUUGAAGGGAACGUAAGCAGUCGCCAAGAUGGGGGACAUGUUCCGUAGUGAGGAGAUGGCACUCUGCCAGAUGUUCAUUCAGCCGGAGGCCGCAUAUACCUCCGUAUCUGAGCUGGGCGAAACCGGCUGCGUGCAGUUCCGCGACUUGAAUGUGAACGUGAACGCCUUCCAGCGGAAGUUCGUCACCGAGGUGCGUCGCUGCGAUGAGCUGGAGCGCAAGAUCCGCUACAUCGAGACGGAGAUCAAGAAGGACGGCAUCGUCCUGCCCGACAUCCAGGAUGACAUUCCGCGUGCGCCCAAUCCACGCGAGAUCAUCGAUCUGGAGGCGCAUCUGGAGAAGACCGAGUCGGAGAUGAUCGAGCUGGCCCAGAACGAGGUGAACAUGAAGUCCAACUAUCUGGAGCUGACCGAGCUGCGCAAGGUGCUGGAGAACACGCAGGGCUUCUUCUCCGACCAGGAGGUUCUUAAUCUGGACUCCUCCAACCGAGCUGGAGGAGACAACGAUGCUGCUGCUCAACACCGUGGCCGGCUUGGAUUCGUUGCCGGUGUAAUUAACCGGGAGCGAGUGUUCGCCUUUGAGCGUAUGCUGUGGCGCAUCUCCAGGGGCAAUGUCUUCCUCAAGCGCUCCGAUCUGGACGAGCCGCUGAACGAUCCGGCCACCGGUCAUCCCAUCUACAAGACCGUCUUCGUGGCCUUCUUCCAGGGCGAGCAACUGAAGAACCGCAUCAAGAAGGUGUGCACUGGCUUCCACGCCUCCCUGUAUCCCUGUCCCAGCUCGCACAACGAGCGCGAGGAAAUGGUUCGCAACGUGCGCACCCGCCUGGAGGAUCUGAAGCUGGUCCUUAGCCAGACGGAGGAUCAUCGUAGCCGCGUCCUGGCCACCGUGUCCAAGAAUCUGCCCUCGUGGUCGAUCAUGGUCAAGAAGAUGAAGGCCAUUUACCACACGCUGAAUCUGUUCAACAUGGACGUGACCAAGAAGUGCCUGAUUGGCGAGUGUUGGGUGCCCACCAAUGAUUUGCCCGUUGUCCAAAAGGCUCUGUCCGAUGGAUCUGCUGCUGUGGGCAGCACCAUACCCUCGUUCCUGAACGUGAUCGACACCAACGAGCAGCCGCCGACCUUUAACAGGACCAACAAGUUUACCCGUGGCUUCCAGAAUCUGAUUGAUGCCUACGGAGUGGCCUCGUACAGAGAGUGCAAUCCCGCCCUGUACACCUGCAUCACCUUCCCCUUCCUGUUCGCCGUGAUGUUCGGCGAUUUGGGUCACGGCCUUAUUCUGGUUUUGUUCGGAGCUUGGAUGGUUUUGUGCGAGCGCAAGCUGGCUCGCAUCCGCAACGGUGGUGAGAUCUGGAACAUCUUCUUCGGCGGUCGCUACAUCAUUCUGCUGAUGGGUCUGUUUGCCAUGUACACUGGUUUGGUCUACAACGAUGUCUUCUCCAAGUCGAUGAACCUGUUUGGAUCACGUUGGUUCAACAACUACAACACAACGACUGUCCUGACCAACCCGAACCUGCAGUUGCCGCCCAACAGCUCCGCCGUGGGUGUCUAUCCCUUCGGAAUGGAUCCCGUGUGGCAGUUGGCUGAUAACAAGAUCAUCUUCCUCAACAGUUUCAAGAUGAAGCUGUCGAUCAUUUUCGGAGUGCUGCACAUGGUCUUCGGCGUGUGCAUGUCGGUCGUUAACUUCACCCACUUCAAGCGUUACGCCUCCAUUUUCCUGGAGUUCGUGCCCCAGAUCCUAUUCCUGCUACUGCUCUUCGGCUACAUGGUGUUCAUGAUGUUCUUCAAGUGGUUCAGCUAUAACGCUAGGACUAGCUUCCAGCCAGAAACUCCUGGAUGCGCUCCCUCCGUGCUGAUCAUGUUCAUCAACAUGAUGCUGUUCAAGAACACUGAGCCGCCAAAGGGUUGCAACGAGUUCAUGUUCGAGUCACAGCCCCAGUUGCAGAAGGCCUUUGUGCUCAUCGCCCUGUGCUGCAUUCCCUGGAUGCUUCUGGGCAAGCCCCUGUACAUCAAAUUCACCCGCAAAAACAAGGCUCAUGCCAAUCACAAUGGUCAGUUGACCGGCAACAUGGAACUGGCCGAAGGCGAGACUCCUCUGCCCACAGGAUUCUCUGGAAACGAGGAGAAUGCCGGGGGUGCACAUGGCCAUGACGAUGAGCCCAUGAGCGAAAUCUACAUCCAUCAAGCCAUCCACACCAUCGAAUACGUGCUCAGUACCAUCUCGCACACGGCGUCUUAUCUGCGUCUCUGGGCUCUGUCCCUGGCUCACGCCCAGCUCUCCGAGGUGCUGUGGCAAAUGGUGUUGUCCCUGGGCCUUAAGAUGUCCGGCGUGGGCGGUGCCAUUGGUCUGUUCAUCAUCUUCGGCGCCUGGUGCUUGUUCACCCUGGCUAUCCUGGUCCUUAUGGAGGGUCUGUCCGCCUUCCUGCACACCCUGCGUCUGCACUGGGUGGAGUUCAUGAGCAAGUUCUACGAGGGAAUGGGAUACGCCUUCCAGCCGUUCAGCUUCAAGGCCAUUCUCGAUGGCGAGGAGGAGGAGUAAACCCAUCCAAAUGUGCUCAAACUAGGGAAACAUGUAUACACAAUUAUACCCCCAGCCCGAACUAUUUUGAUUGUUUGUUAAAUGUUUUUGUUUUGUUUAAUUUUUUGGAUAUUGUCAGUAUUGUGGUGCUCUUCCCACAUUUUUGUAUCCUCCGUUGUGUAUUCCAUUUGUAGUCAAAGUAUUCCUCUUUUGAGUUGUGCCUAGUAUUCUCAAAAACCGUUUCGAAAGCAAUAAUUUGAUAUUCAUUGUUAUAAAUACCUACAUAUACAAAUACUAAUUGUAAUAAAUAUACAGCAAAGAAGAGAA